AUGAAGCCGAAGGACAGCUUCGAUGACUUCCUGAUCGAAUUCGCCCGCCUUGCGGAAGAAUCGGAUACCCCUAUGAGUGUUCGGAAGGAGGAUCUCUACACUAAACUACCUUACCUCCUCCAAAAUCAGGUCAUGAGAUUAGUUCACAACGACCGUGUCUCCUUCAAAGACUUCGCCUCUGAGUGCCGUGAAUGCUCACUCCUAAUCGGACAGCAAGUCUCUUCCCGUUCACAAGGCCGUACGACGAGCGGAGGAGGAAAAAGAGAAUCGACUACUGGAAGCCCGGCUACCAAGCGAGAAGCUGGCUCGAGCCCUACCUCUACCGACCGGGUAGCCCUAUUGAAGGAAGGUCGAUGCUUCACGUGUCGAGAAAGGGGUCACCUUAGCCGAGACUGCCCAAAAAAGACAGCAGUUGCUACAGUGAACACAGAACAGCUCAUCGAGCUUGAGGAAACUACUGAGACGGGAAAAGCCUGA